AUGCCGCCUGAACGAUUAAAAGAUGAGGGAACACGAUUCCAGGUCAUAUCCGCCGGCGCGAUAGCAGGUCUCGUCUCCAGAUUCAUCAUUGCGCCGCUCGACGUUAUAAAAAUACGAUUACAGCUACAGCCACGACAAUUUACGCCGCGACUCGCCGCCAGCCCGCCUGCGACCCUCACCUCCGCGCAAAACACAUACCAAGGUACCUUUGCCACCCUACGUCACAUCCUGCGCCAUGAAGGCGUCACGGCGUUUUGGAAGGGCAACGUGCCCGCCGAGCUCAUGUACGUCUGCUACGCCGCCUCGCAGUUCACCGCAUACCGUUCCGUCACGCUCCUCCUGCAGAGCAAGCUGCCCAUCAAGCUGCCCGACGCCGCCGAGAGCUUCAUUUCCGGCGCGACGGCCGGCGCUACCGCCACCGCCAUGACCUAUCCGCUCGAUCUGCUGCGCACGAGAUUCGCCGCUCAAGGCACCACAAAAGUCUACCGCGGACUCCUUGGUGCCAUCGGAUCGAUAUAUAAAGAUGAGGGUGCGCGUGGCUUUUUUCGCGGCAUCGCGCCAACCCUGGCACAAAUUGUGCCCUACAUGGGCAUCUUCUUCGUGACGUACGAGGGCCUCAAGGUGCGCAUAGCCGACAUGCAGAUGCCCUGGGGCACGGGCGACGCAACGGCCGGCAUUGCAGGUAGUAUUAUUGCCAAGACGGCCGUGUUCCCUCUCGACUUGGUGCGCAAGCGCAUACAGGUGCAAGGGCCCACGAGGACGCGAUACGUAUACAGCGACAUUCCAGAAUAUAAAACGACACUGGGCGCACUUCGCACAAUUGUCGCGCGCGAAGGAUUUCGUGGGUUGUACAAGGGACUGCCCAUCAGCCUCAUCAAGGCGGCUCCCGGCAGCGCCGUUACUGUUUGGACAUAUGAGCGAGCGUUGCAUUUCAUGAUACAGUCCGAAGAACGACAACAAAACGCAUAUCUGUGA